AAAAAAAAUAUAAAGAUGCAGAAAAAAAAAAGUAUCAAAGUAUGUAGAAGAAAAGUAUGUCAAGCCAUUAAUGUAUUUAAUCAAAAAGUUUCACUUUAGGUAGUCUUGUGAGGAUCUCCAGAACUCAUCAGGUCACAAAGUGUUAAGGAGAUAAAAACUUUGGGUCGACUAGUUUGGUUUAGCCGGAUGUUAGCUGACUAGUUUCACUUUACUUCUGACUAGUCGGACAAAAGAGUCACCGGUUUGUAAAAAACUUUUAUUAAUGAGUGCUUUUAUAUGAACUAAUAUGAUCAGCAUACGCAGCGUGUUCGUUACUAACAGAGCACCACGAUGCCCCUCAUCAGAGAGAUCAAAUAAAUACAUAAACGGCUUGCCCUAGCACGAUGAGACAAAAGAGAGAUGCGCCUUCAGUGGAAAGACAAAACAGAGAGGAGAGCAGGAAGAGACCACCCGGCCUCAGACUGCGAUGAUGAGCGCAGCUCGGAUUCAUGACAAACUCAAAGUCCAGUCGUUCUGGGAGCAGAAGAUCCUGCAGCACAGCCGUCAGAUGGAUGAGGAGGAGAACCGUGUGAGGAGCAGCGCUCUGGCUCGACUCAGGCAGCAGUGGAUUCUCCGUUUGGACCAGAGGAACCAGCAGCAGCAGAACUUCUUUGAGGAGAGAAGAAAACGAGUGCAGAUAACUCAAAGGUUUCUGUAAAAGCUACAAAACUAACAACACCCAUCAGCUGCGGGGGGCACGAGCCGGAGUCCAGGUUUCACUGGGACACAAAUAUGGAAAGAAAACAAGCUGAAAUCAACCAAACAUGUGAUAGAAUCAGAUCACCCCAGAAGUCAGUCCCACAUUCAGGGCCGUAUCAAGGCAUUUGGGGACCAAGGCAAAUAUAGGCUUGGAGCCCCCACCACCUCACUCCCUGCUCAGUUAAUCUAAGAUGGCAGCAUGCUGAGAGUACAGAUUGUUGUUGCUUUCAUUUAAUAAACAAUCAUUUUAAAGAACUGUUAUUAUAUCUGACUGUUUUUAACAGCAACCCUAGCUCAGACACCACAUCACCUUCCACAUAUAUGUCAUGAGCUCACUGAGCGUCACAUGACCAGAUUCAUACUGAAGUUGUACUGGUGAAAGUAACUUAAAG